GCCGCGCUACUGGCUGCUCCCUGCGCGCCGCCGCCGCACGCCCAGCCCCGGCCCCGGCUGCGGGCGGGGAGACCGGGCGCACGGCAGCGCCUAUAAGGGCACCGCGCUGCAGCCCCCCGGGAGUUUUUGGUCUGGGGCCACCGGGGCCGCCGGCGGCGGGGUGGGGGGGGGUUAUCAACGGGAACGGAGCGAUCCGGGGGGGAGCGCCGGCCGCCCUGCAUGGCCAGGGAUUAUGAGCGCCGGUGAGUUGCAGCAAGCGCAGCCCAGAGCCUCGGCGCCGGCGGCCGCCCCAGCGCCCCCUCAGCCCCGCAGCGCCCAGGAAGCCCCCGACAUGGCGGUUUAUUGCAGCGAGAACUUCAGCGUCUACCCCCAGCCCAGCCUCCAUCCGCCCGGUGCUGCAGCAGCCGCCGCAGCGGCCGCCGCCGCCGCUGCCGCCGCAGCCGCCUCUUCGGGGCAGCGGGCGGGCGGGUACGCGCUGGGGGACUACGGGGCGCCCGCUAACGCCGGCUACCUAUGGGGCAUGAACAGCCCCGCGCCCUACCUGCAGGGCCCGCCCGGCUCCGCCGCCGCCGCCGCCGCCGCUCCCUUCCUGCCGCCGGCUUCGUACGGCUGCUCCCGGGGCGGGCAGUUGGUGGGGUCCCCCCCGGCGCCAGGGUCGCCGUCGGCGGGCGGCGCGGAGCUGAGCUGGCUGAGCCUGGCCAGCCAGGAGGAGCUGCUGAAGCUGGUGCGGCCGCCUUACUCGUACUCGGCGCUGAUCGCCAUGGCCAUCCAGAGCGCGCCCGAGAGGAAGCUCACCCUCAGCCACAUCUACCAGUACGUGGCCGAGAACUUCCCCUUCUACAAGCGCAGCAAAGCGGGAUGGCAGAACAGCAUCCGCCACAACCUCAGCCUCAACGACUGCUUCCGCAAGGUGCCCCGCGAUGAGGAUGACCCCGGGAAAGGAAACUACUGGACCUUAGACCCCAACUGCGAGAAGAUGUUUGACAACGGGAACUUCCGCCGCAAGCGCAAGCGGCGCUCUGAGCCCAAUGCCCCUGCGACCGCAUCUGCAGCAUCCUCUCUGGGGAGCCUGAAGGCUGAAGAAGAGCGACCCAUCCCCAGUGCAGGCAAACCAUGUGGAAACAGCCCCCCCCCUGAGCUGGAGCCCUCGCCUUCUGCCAGGGACCAUCCCAAAAGCUCCUCUCCCUCCGGUAUCAUUUCAUCCACCCCAAGCUGCCUCAGCACCUUCUUCAGUGGCAUGAGCUCCCUGAGCAGCGGAGGCAGCCGGCUGACAGGGGCUCUGGGCAGUGACCUGCAUCACAGGAACUUCUCUGCUGGACAGCUGAGCAGUGGCACUUUCACCCCUUCCAGCAGCUCUUCUCAAGAGGUGCCUUCACCAGACCAGCUACAGCGGGUCGCGGGACCUUCCCCUGCCUACUACAGCUCCUUCCAUCCCAGCAGCAGCAGCCAGGGAGCCCAGUACAACCACUACUACAACUUCACCGUGAACAGCCUCAUCUACACCCGGGAUGGCACAGAGGUGUAGGACGCUGGGGUCAACGCUGCGAAGGGAAUGGGAGUUGCAGCAUGGAGGACCGUAUGCUUUUGCAAACAGCAUUUCAAUGUGGACGCUUCCCAGGAGUUCUUCCAAUAAGACAAAUCUCACCUUUCAAGAUAAGGACAGCCCUUAAACACUGGAGGAAGGCAGGUGCAGUCUUUUUCCCCCAUCCUGGAAAACAUUAGGUGGUAUAGAUGGCUUGCAGUCGACAUUCUGCAGGUGAAAGCGAACUCUGAUGUUUUCAGAGGUUUCUAAUCCUGAAUGUAGACCAAGAAGUUUAAAAACUAUAACCAUAAAGCGGUAUCAGCAAGACCCAAGUGACACCCAGCCUUAGAAGAGAGCAGGAGAAAGGAAAAUGAAGAGAUUUCUUAUGAAGUGCCUUGUACAAUGUGUUAAAAACCUCUUCCGCCAGCAGUUGCCUCUGUAAGCCCUUGCUCUGUGCCCUGAUCCUGCAAUAUGCAAUGCACAAGGGGGAAACAUCCACCCCAGACCUCGGAGGUUCACUCUGGUCUUCCUGUGCGUGGCAUAUUGUACAGCCAGGGCUGUGUCUUGUCAUCCUUUUCCCUGAGCUUAGUACCAAAGAUCACUGUAGCCAUGCAGCCUUAGCACGAGGAUAAACACUGGGGUAUUUUUAUACAUAUUUGUACGUAAUGUAACUCUUCUGUACAUAUGUUUCUAUGUGGUUUUAUAUUUGUAAAUUAUGCUCCGGAGCUGUACUUUAUUUAUAACGUGUUUUACACUUUGUUAAAGUUUAUUUUACUUCCUUUCCCUCCCUCCCUUUCUUUUUACGUUGUUGUUUUAUUUGUUUUGCAUUGUUUUGGUCGGUUUUGUUCUUGUUCCUUAGUGUAUUACUGAACCUUUUCAGGCUGAACAAGCUGUUUGGGAAUAAAACGUUAACAGUUGUUAGGGGUUUUUUUGUGCCUGGUUGUUCCUCAGUAUGUUUCAGGUAUUUUACAGCUCUGUGGGAGACAGGUUUUGCUUUCACGUGGUUUGGAUAAAAG